UUUACACACACACACUCACACAGAGAGAGAGAGAGAGAGAGACACUGGAUCAUGAGGCUGUAAAAACACGCCCACAACAGCAGCAUCAUUGCUGCACCACAGAGAUAGACUAGCAUACACUCCCAUCCUUUCCUCUUCUAUCUCUUGUCUCAUUCUGCCUCUAAUACAAACACAUAGACAGGCACGUGCUGCAGGGAAGCUCUGAAUGUCAGGUCGCUGAGCAUUCAGGCUCCCCCCCAUCCCUUCCCCUUUUUUUGUUUUCUCUCUCACUCUCCCUCUUCCUGUUCACCUUUUCUCUUCUGGUUUGUUGUUGCAUCACAGCCAAAGGGAGCAAUCGGGAAGCAUGCCGGGGGAAAGCACUCACAGAUCUGUCCCCACUGACAAGCAUCCGGAGCAGGGAGCUGAGGAGACGGGGCUCCCUGGACCAGAUAUGACAAGGCAUCCAUCUACUGACUCCACUCCUAGUGACAGUGGCUCUUCGCCUAGUGAUAGUGGUUCCAGCCCGUCUCCCAGUACUCCUCAGAAGCUACUCCCAGCAUGCACCUUGCCAUUUGGUCCACGACUAUUUCAAGCAGCACCCAGCUCCUCUGGUACUACAAGACCUCAACCUGAAGGCUCUGACCAUCGCAACACAACCAGGCAGAGAUUGUCUGGAAAGUUAGGUGGCCAUGGACCAUGUAGCCGUCAUGUCUCCUAUAAAAUGGAGAGAAUCAAGGUCCUGACUGGUUCUGAGGUGGAGAGUGACUACCAAGAGCCACAAACCAUUGAUGCAAGGGUGGUGAUGGGUCAAGAGACACUGCUCAAAACAACAGAAAUACAGAAAGAGAAACCAAGUGGUCAGACUAUCCCUUUGCCAGCUCCGCCAGUCUUAUCAGAUCCUCAGGCACAGUCAAAAGAGUGUCAGUUGGAAAGCAAAGAAGAAAGCAGAGUCCAAAGCCUUCAGAAACAGCAAGACCAACAAAAGGAACCUGUGCAGCCACCCCCGUCCAAACAAUGCUCCCCUUCUCACAAGCCCCCGAUACCCUCAUCCUCCCCAGAGCCUGUCACAACUGAUGCCACUAUGACAGAUAACCAGGAAGAGGGUCAAACCUUCUCUCAAAAUGAAGUGCCUUCACUCUCUUUUUCUGAGCUGGCCUGUCCAGUUGCUUUGUCCUUUUCUGAACCAGCCUAUGCUGUUGACCCUCUACGAGUGGGUAUGCCAUCAUCUCUUGACCCCGACCUGUAUUAUACUGCCCCUUCUACCCCAAUCAAGAUGGCUCCCCACUCUUCUCAUCUUAAACAUCAUUCAUAUCCUGGCUCACCAGCCUGCCCACUCUCACCUGGCUCUCCGUCAGACAGCGAGGACCUCUGUUCCCCUCUGACCUCUCCCUCUGGCUCUUAUAUCACAGCAGAGGGAGGCAGCUGGACCUCAUCUUAUACAUCUUCCACUUCUCCCUCCACGUCUCCCAAUCUACUCCUCACAGAGGAAGCACAGGAGGCCCCUGCUUGCUUUGUGAGCUCCUUAUCAGAAAUUGGAGAUGAAGUUGGAGAAGAAAAGGGACAAGUGGCAUCAGAACGGGAGGAAGAGAGGGCUGGGGACUUCUGCCUGUACCGUCCUAACAGAUGUGUCACAAAUUCAUGGACAGGUAUAACAGGGACAGUGAUCCUUGAGGAGGAAGAAGCUGUAAAAGGUGAAGAAGUUCAGAUUACUAGAGAAAGUUGUCGUCCGUGCUGGGUGACUGAAAAUACAUCCCCUCUAAGGAGCAGUAGCAGCCGUAGCAGUGACUCCCAGGAGGAUGGAGGAGAGUCUGAAAGUUCACUUUGUCCACUUGAAGAGGCUGGUUCAGGGAAAUUAGAGUACUCUAGACCAAUGCAGACCGGACUGAAACUGCAACUAGAUGCAUGUUUAUCAGAGGAACCUUAUGGACAGAUGGAUGACCACCCACAACUAUCUUUGAAUGACAUAACCAUGGCCUCAUCUAGUUUUGGCCCUGACUCACCUCUCACCCCACUUGAAGCUUUCUGUCCUGGAGCAUUUGAUAGGCUGGGCCCCGGUUCUUUCAUAUUCUCCCAGGCAGCUUGUCCUGAUGAUAUUCCAGAGGAAGAAAGGAUGAUCCCAGCCUCCCUCAUCUCCUUUCCCCUCCACACUAGCCUCAUCUUUAAGGCUGAUUCAAUGGAAAUCACUCUAUUUCCCACAGAGGACGAUGAUGAAGUUAAUGACAAAGUUCAUGACAGAGAUGAAGGACAGGGUGUUGAUGCAUAUGCAGCAGGAGAGGAGGAGGCGGAUGUUGAAGAUGACGAUGAUGACGAUGAUGAUGAAGAAGAGGAUGAUGAUUAUGAUUAUGAUGAUGGGGAUUGCAAUGUUAACAGUGCUGCUGAUGGAGAUGGCAAUGAUGGGAAUAAUGAAGAUGAUGGUAGUGAAGACCACGAUGAGGCAGGUGAGGAAGCUAAAGUGGAGGUGAAAGUGGUGGAAGAUGAGGAAGUGGAUGGAGAAAAAGAAGAGAAGGAGUGUGAUAGCAGAGCAGUAGAGGAUCCUUCAGAUGAGGACAGCUCGGCAUCAUUCCUUCAUUCACUUUCAGAGACAUCUAUCAAUGAGGGCUUGGAUGAAUCCUUCUGUUUUCAAGAUGAUACAGACGACUCCUUAGAUUCUGCCUCCUAUAAUGGGGAGGAAGAUGAACGUCUAUACAGCACUGAGAGGCAUGCACAGUCACUUGAACCCACAUCAGAGGAUGGAUUGACUCCCACUGAUGCUCAGAUACAAUCUGAACAGGGGUCUACCACUGAAACAGGUCCAACUGAACAAUUGCAUUUUCAACUAAGCACAGAAAAAAUAAUGAUUAAUUCCAAAGUCACCUGUCUUUCUGAAACCAUUGCUGUCUUCCCCAUGGACACCAUUAUAACACCCAAACCUCUGGAAGAACCAAAGCAUUGUGAAGCCCAGUCAGACCCUGAAUUAGAUGCUGCCAGUGAAAUAGAACCUCUAGAAUUUUUGCACACCAAAGUGAACCCAGGCAAAUUGGUGGAUCACCAGGAAUUAUCUUGCACUUCAGGAGCAAUGUCUUGCCAACCAGAAUCUUCUAACUCUGAUAAGAGGGAUUGUGAAGUAAUGAAUAUCUCUGAUUCUUUCAGCACUCUCAUGGAGUCUAACAACAGCCCUCAUGUUGAUUUUACCCCCACCCCUGUUGUGAUUAAUGCUCCUCCUGACCCUGCUCUGAAAUCCCCCCUCUCAACUCUUUCUGCCCCUUCAACACAGGAGGACACAGAUCCUAACUGUUCAGCUCUUUUGGAAAAUUUGGUUCAGGAAAGUCCCCAGAUGGAAGAUAUAGAUUUGAAGCAAAGCAACAAUAAUUCAAGGGGGAAAUCCCACAGAGAACCAGAAAGGGACUCUUUCAAAUUGCUCAUCAAGCCUCGUCAUCAUCAGCCAGAAAGCCAAAGGACUGUUGGAGCAACAAGACUUGUGUUAUCAAAGUCCUUCUCCAAUAAAGUAGGUGUAUCCAGAGGGGCAGAGGCCAUAUGCAGGCCUGGUACUCACAUGGAUUCUGACGAGCUAGAACAGAAGAAUCAGAAUGCCUCAUCUGAGUCUGUGAGUGCACAGGGCAGAAAUACAGAUUCUACUCCCUCUCUUAAUAUGGCCACUGUCACCAAUGACUUGAAUAAAGGUGUUCUCCUUCUGUCUUGCCCGAAAGAACCUUCCCCCAAUCCUAGUAAUAUACCUGUUUCUGUCAUCUCAGAAGUUGCUGACAACCUGGCCCUGACCCCUGAACACUUCCCUGUUGACUCUGCCCAGGAGAACCUGAGGGAAAACACCCUUAGUACUGAUGAGGGGGCUCUGGGAGCUGUUGGCUCUCUGCACACCCCCAUUGCCAUUUCACCCAAAAGGGAAAACUCAGAAACACACUCCAAGAGGGAGAUGGCUCCUGCAUCAGGGAUGUGGUGUGAUGGCAUGAUGGGGACAGGGUUAGGUCUAGGAUUAGGUUCAGGGGAUGAGUUCAGAGUCAUCGGAACAGGACAGUCUUUGGAGAAGAGGUUAGAGACGGAGGCAAAGAGUGUCCUCGUGUGUGACACAGGCAGCCAAGGCACACAGUUGGCAGUGGCUCCUAAUACAAGCAGUGAGGAGUAUAAAAACUAUGAUAAUGAUCUGGGUUCUGUUGCUGAUGUGGAAGAAAACAACACUGUAUGUGGAAAAAGGAACCGGAUGACGGAUGAAGAAUUAGAAGAAUUAGAAGAAGUUGCUUUUGAGUCCAACCUUGGCAGUUGGAAAUCUAUUGAGGAGAUCUCAGAAGCAGGAGGGGGGGAAGAUGGAAGCUCCAGAUUUCCAGAAGACAAUGUCAGUAAUCUAAAUACAGACAAUGAUGGCGAUAACACAGAAACAAAAAUACAAGACACUUGGAACAGUAACAAUGACCCGGCUUUUGAUUCCUUGGAAGAAACCAUGUCUGGAAGUUUGAAUGCUCUAUCAGAGGAAGUGAGACCCCAAAAUGUGAGUGUCAGUGUUAGAGAGUCUGCUUCUAAUAUUCCACUUGAAGAGAUGCCACCUCAGGUUUCUGAAAAAAUGAAUGACCCAGAGCAAAAAUCAAUAGACAGUUCCUUAAACCAAACAUCAGACACAAUACAGGCAGCAUUCCCAAAGAAAGAUGCCUGUAACAUCUCAGUCUCAAUUGAAACUCACAUGAACCCAGCAGCAACAAACCAUUUCAGCUCAUUAAGUUCAUCAACAUGUCAUACUCAGUUGUGUCAGACAAUCACUUCAGAGAGCAAUCAAGCCUUUUCUUUGCUACAUGGAUCCUUUGGCUCCUUUACUCCUAAAUGUAAAGCAAAUCAAGCCAAGCCGAGUGGCACUAGUCAAGACAAAGUGGAGAAUACUGGCUCUCUGUCAGAACUGCAGAUUUUAAAGCCUCAGACUGAGUUUCAAAAAAAGGACAAUGUCACUGAUGAUCUUGUCAAUGAUGACUUCACAGGGCAACAGUGUGUUGUUUGUAGCUCAGGGGCAGCGGGGGAGGAAGAAGAAAUUAAAGAAGAAGGGAUGAAGAGAGGUGAAGAGAAGGAUAAGGAAAAGAAAAAGGAAAGAAAAACAUCUCCUGUACAGAAAAACCUGGAGCACUUUUCAUGUCACACCCCUAAGGGGGGUCCUUGCACAGAUAAACCCACUGCUGUUAAAAAAGGGAGAAGAGGGAAGCAGAAGAAACACAGAGUGUCCCAGAGAGGCAGCCAUGGAGACUCUAGCUCUGAAUCUAUUGAUGAUCCAAAGAAUGAUGAUUCAUUAAGUACCACAGCAGGUGGAUGGCCAAAGGGGGUCACAGAAAACCCUAAAGCUGGGUCUAAUCAAAAGGCAAAUGACAAAACUUCAUCGUUGGACCAUCAGCAAAAGACAGACACAGCAGAGUCUAGUUCAGUGAUGCAGGGGGGUAAUAGUGUAAGUCCUGAUGUCAAAAGAACAAGCUAUGAAUACUGCAAAUCAACUUCACCUACCAUAGACAACCUCAAUAUUGUGGUGGCACUGAACCAAGAAUUACAACAGAAACAAGAAGUGCUUGAUAACAGACCACUAUCGGAUAAUCAGAGGGGACUAACGGUAGACAUUAAUGACAACAACACUGUUGCUGACCACAGCCUCCUUACUGAGAAUACUUUAUCAGGCUCUCUGCGUCCAUCUCAUUCUUCAGCAUCUCCAGAUUUCUCCUCCUCCCCUCUACCAUGUGGCUCAACAGAGCCAGAGGAAGAUCUUUCCACACCUGUACAGGAAUCCCAGCCCGUCCUUUCAGCCCAGCGACAGUCUUCACUGUCCAUGAGUCACGCUAGUUCGCUUUGCUCGACCUCCGUAACAACACAACCAGCCCCCAAUGCCAACAUCAAUCUCCAAGAGGUUCCAGUUGUCCUUUCUUCAUCAGCCAAGUCUGACACAAGUGUCUCUACAAACUCAUCCUCUGCAGCUCUGCCAUCAAGCUUGUCACAACCAACCCAGGAAUCAUCUUCUUCUGGGACUCGUGAUUCAGCAGGUGUUCGAGACCCCGGAUCUUGUCUCCAGUCUCAAACCUAUUCACAUUCUUUGCCUAAUCUCAAUAACCAAUCACAUAAACAAACCAAGAAAGGUUGUACAUGGAGCUCUCAAGACAAGUACAGAGGUCCCAGUUUAACUGAGGAGGAUACAGAUAACAAGGAUGAUGAUGGACUGCCUGGACGUGGUCACAGAUCCCAGCCCAGAGGAGUUGCAGGAAAUGAGUCUGGUCCAUCCAGUCAACGGGAAAUACAGCCUUUCUCUGCUCAACAGAUGGCCGACAAACCGUCUGGGUGUACCAGCAACCACAGCCACAAGAUUCCCCAAGAGAUCGACAUAUCCUUCAAAAACAAUUGCUCCAUCUUGGCUUCCUGUAAUGAGUCUGAGAGUGAGGGGUCGGUGCCUGAGCUGGAGGAGCCAGAGCCGCUGAGACCAUCAGAGCAUCAGUCUCUCUCCUCUGCAGAUGAAGGGCUGAACAGACCAAAACAGAGCCGCAGUGAGAAGAAAGCUCGCAAGGCCAUGUCUAAACUGGGUCUUAAGCCAGUCCAUGGUGUGACCAGAAUUACUAUUAGGAAGUCCAAGAGCAUCCUGUUCGUCAUCAGCAGACCUGAUGUGUUCAAAAGCCCCGCAUCAGACAUUUAUAUUGUAUUCGGAGAGGCAAAAAUUGAGGACCUAUCUCAGCAGGCUCACAAAGCAGCUGCAGAGAAAUUCAAGAUGCCCGUGUCCUCUUCUCCCUUGGCCCCACCGGUCCCACCCAGCCUCACCAUCAAGGAGGAGAGUGAAGAGGAGGAAGAGGAGGUGGAUGAGGGAGGUCUUGAGCAGAGAGACAUCGAGCUUGUGAUGGCACAGGCCAACGUGUCUCGAGCCAAAGCUGUCCGUGCACUGAAACACAACAAGAAUGACAUUGUGAAUGCUAUCAUGGAGCUGACCAUGUGAGUGGAGAACAAUUCUUCCCUCUUCUUCCAGCCUAAAUGCCACUGAUUCUUCUGUAUCGCUGCUACUGUAUGUUGCAUCCUCAUUAUCUGCUAAAUAAAGUUUGUUCCAACGUGGA